CACCAAUGCGGUGAGACUUUUGGCCCCCUGACGGCAAGGACGCACCGGGCAGCAUGCAUCGAUAGCUGCGGCACGCCAUCGAGGCAGCCCCACAUCAACAUGCGGCUGUUCCGGGCAUUCCUCGUGAGCCUUGCCACAGCCAGCAUCGACCUGCCUCGCGACUGGCAGGCGCAACAUUGUAGGGGCACCCACCUCGAGCAGACGGGCGAGACGGUCGUGGCCCUCGCUACCGAUGCGGCGAGAGGUUUCUUACCGAUCAUCGGCGUCGUGAAUUCGACAGUGCACAACUCGAAAAGUGACGUGGGCUUCGUCAUCGUUACCACAAGGGUCCACUUCCUCAAGAAGCUCUUAGAUAGGUUCUUUCCUUCCCUUAGAGUGGCGGUGUGCUCCGGCGCGGAACAGUUGUUGAGACAUCGGCCCGCUCUACAGAGGCUGUCGUCCCUCGCAAACUCGACACACGUAAAACGAAAAGAACUCCUAUCGCCCUUUAAUUUUGCGGCCUUCUACAUGCCUCAUGUUUUAUAUCAUACUCGUAGAGUUAUUUACCUGGAUACGGAUAUUGUUGUCCAGGGCGAUGUCUUAGAGCUCGCGACCUUAGAUCUCCACAACAAAGCCGUGGCAGCGGUCAACGACUGCUCACAAAAAAUAGCCAAGUACUUUCGGGAAGACUUAUUACCAAUACAACACAAGAUCCUGUGGCAACGGGUUUUGAGGGGUGAUGGGUGUGUUUUUAACAGAGGAGUUGUGGUGUUCGACACGCUUCGGUGGCGUACUCUGCAACUGACAGAAACGAUUGAGGAUCUCGUAGAUGCGUUUGUGGAUUCGAAGGCCAAGCUCUGGUCGUCGGGCAUCAGCCAGCCGCCCUUUCUCUUAGCUUUAGCUGGUAGAUAUGAGCAACUCCCGGUGACGUGGAACGUGCGCGGGUUAGGACGGCUGGACAUCGGUAGGAACGAGUGGCGGAAAAUAAAAGGGGAAGCGCUGCACUUCGGCGUCGACGCUUCCGUGUAUGAGCGGCAUUUGGCGCCGGCGGGGCCGUUCAGAGAACGCGUCUAUCCGUUUUUCCACCCCCUGGCGGCGAAGGCGUCGCUGUUGCAUUUCAAUGGGGAUUUGAAACCGUGGGCCUUGACUGCGGAGGAUGCCCGCAACUGGCACUUAUUGGGGUUGCGAGUUGCUUCCCAAGAAAACGUCCCGCACGUGCUCGGGACGUGCCGCUUGAAGCACUGCGCAUCCAGCUACAACCUAACGACGGACCAGAAGAUGCAUUCUGCUUGCGAGGCUUCUUUAGCGCAUACCCUGUCCAAAUCUAAGCUACACUGGGACCAAAUCCGCUUGUCGCCUAAUGGUAGAAAGUGGCCAAAACACCUCGAGUCCGUGGCGAAAUACUACGAAAGCGGCUGCGUCGCGCGGCCGCCGCUAUGUACCUGUCGGUCGCAACUCUCGGACGACUGUGUUACCAGUUGUGCUUCCUUGUGGCACGCCUACGUGAGUCCCGAAGUGAUCAAAUUCCACGACGCCGCUCAGGUAGAGGAGGCGCCUCGUACUACUGAGAACGACGGCGCGGCGUCCGCGACGGUCGCCGGCCUCGCCCUCGCCGCCGCCGGGUUUCUCGCGAUGAUGACCGUCUCCGACGAUGAAUACGAGCCGCCCACCGACCGCCCCGCCCCCGCGCGUGCGGAGCGGCCGAGCCGCCUGUACCCGCAGGACGCGCCCGGGUGCGUCACGGCGGGCAGGGACCACCACUGCCGCGGACGGAUCCCCCAUGGUCCCGGACCCCCCCUUGACUAA